AUGGCCUCAGUAAAGAUAUUCAGCUUAGCUGUCAAAACAUUGGCUAAACCCAUAGCUAACACGAUAAAAUCACAAGCUGCCCAACAUGACACAUUUAAGAAUAUCUGUAUAGGUCUAGCUCAGCGGAUGCACCGUACGGAAGCCAGGAUGAGAAUGGGGCUCUUAAAUGCUGAAUCCGGUCAGAUAAAACCUCUAAAUGACGCUAGGGCAAUACAGAAUGGAGCCACGACCCUCGCCGAAACGUUCUUGUUUCUAGUUGGAGCGGGUCUGAUAGUAGGGGAAUCAUAUAGGUCAUCAAGGAAAGAGGAGAAACGACGGGAUGCCGUACAGGAUAGAUUGAAUGAUUUGGAGAAUGAAGUCAAGAGGUUGAAUGAUGAAUUGGAUGGGACGAAGGAAGGAGGUUGGAGGGAAGGUAUAGGUGAGAUAAAAGAGAGGAGCGAGAAUAUCGAACGUAGAUUAGAUACCAUAGUGAACAACGGCCUUAAGGCAGGAUGGAUAUCGUUAGGGCACAAAGAACAAGGGGAGAUAUUACCGCUGUUGGAAGGGUCAAGAGCGGAAGAAGGGCUGAGCUCGGCGUUCCAUAUACAGGGUCGGGAGAGUGGCAUUUCGGAGCAGUAG